AUGACAUUCAAAAGACUUGUCAGAUUCAUCGCUAGUGAUGGGAAAACAUACUUUGGAGAUGCCAUCUUGCAAACUAAACAGUCAGAUCCAAGAUUAGCUACUGAGGCAUACAAGAUAUCAGGAAACAUCUUUGGAAACUAUAAAGUGACCGAUGAAGUGUUAUCAAUUGAUAAAUUAUUACCUCCAUUGGAUCAUAGUCUAGUUCAUACUAUCCGUAUGAUUGGGAUGAAUUAUAAAAAACAUGCUAUUGAGAUCAAUUUACCUAUCCCCCAAUACCCAUGUCUCUUUUAUAAACCAGUCUCUACCCUAAACGGCCCCUCAGAUGAUAUUAUUAUCCCCAAAGUGGCACAGAUUGAAGAUAUCAGAAUCGAUUAUGAAGCUGAAUUAGUUGUUGUUAUUGGGAAACAAGGUUCCGAUAUUGAAGAAUCAAAAGCUUUAGAUUAUGUUUUGGGUUAUACUGCUGGUAAUGAUGUUUCUCAAAGAACUUGGCAAAUAGAAAGAGGUGGAAGUCAAUUCUCAACAGGUAAGAUGUUUGAUACCUGGGCACCUAUUGGUCCUGCAAUUAUUUCACCAGAGUUGAUUCAAGAUCCAAAUGAUUUGAAAAUAAGUUCGAAAAUCAACGGUAAAAUAAGACAAAAUAGUGUCACUAAUGAUAUGAUCUUCAACGUUAAAAAGUUAAUCUCAUUUUUAUCUCAAGGAACAACACUAUUACCUGGUGAUAUCUUGUUUACUGGUACGCCUCAAGGUGUUGGAAGUGGAUUCAAACCACCAAAGUGGUUAAAAAAUGGUGAUAUUGUGGAGAUAAAUGUUGAAAAAAUAGGAACAUUACAAAACAAAAUAAACUUCAAAGCUUUAUUGUCUAUUUGA